GUCUACUGUACUUUGCUCUCAUCUUUUCGAAAAUGAAAUUUGCGUUGAAACUGUUUUAUUCUUCAAUGUGUCUUAGCUUCACUUUCCUUUGUAUCGUAGCCGGAUUUCUGUUUUCUGCUUUUACAUCUACUAUGCAAACGUCCUUUCAAGAUAUCAGAAGAUUUGCUGGCUGCGAUCUCAAAUUGGAACAAAAGUUAAAGAUUCUAAACUUUAUGAAAAGAUUCGGUAAAGAUUGCCUGUGUUUGACAUUUAGAAAUUACUUUAAGGUUACAAAAAAGUUUCCAAUAAAAAUGGGAAGUUCUUUACACACUAUAUUUUCUGGUCUUUUGAAUAUAAAGAAAGUUUCGUAGAUAAAAUUUAACAAACAUGUUAAAAAGACCAAAGUGAUGACAAGCUCAUACAAAAAGACAUGGAAAACGGGGUACCCCUUGAAUUAUGGUGAGACUAACCUGAGGACCCAGGAUCCAAGAGUUAUAACAGUAUGUCGAAUCUAGAAAAUGUCCGCAAUGCUUCUAAGUAUAUGAAUCAUAAUCAAAUUAUGUGACUUUCCAAUUUUGUAUCUCUUUUAUAUCUCAGAUACUGUUAAUA